AUGAUAGGAUUUUUAUAUUUUUGCAAUUUGUUCAGAGGGGUAGCAUCAGCGGCUUUCAUAGGGAUCACUACUCCUACCGGUUUUUUAGUUUGGUGUGCAUUGAAAAUUGGCGUAUACCCAUUUUCAAGAAAACUUUAUAACUAUGGAGAUGAAUGCUUUUAUUCACUUUAUCAGAGGAUGAUAUUAUUUUUAGCUGAGGAAAUAUCAGGAGUUCAGAUUAUUUUUUAUGGAGAAAUUGAUAAAUUUAUACAAGAAAAAGAGAGUGGUUUGAUUUUAUUCAACCAUCAGUGUACAAUUGAUUGGCUUUUAGCAAGUAGCUUGGCAUUAAGAAGAGGUUCUGUGGGGUCAGUUCGAUAUAUUUUGAAGCAUUCUCUAAAAUACAUACCAUUUUAUGGCGUAUAUCUCAAAGCACAUGGUUGUGUUUACAUAGAAAGAAAGCAAUAUGAUUCUAAGAAGACAACCAAACAACUGAGUUGUUAUCCAACAAUGUAUAAAAAAUUUCUAUUAGUUCUUUUUCCAGAGGGGACGAGGUAUAGUAACAAAUCUUCAAUGGUGUUUAAGAGAAGUCAGGAAUAUGCUUUGGCACAUGGUCUCCCAACAUUUGAUCAUGUUCUCGUGCCAAGAGUUAAAGGUUUUGAAACGUGUUUAAACAGCCUGUCGGAUUCAAUACAUUUUAUAUACGAUAUCACAAUUGCUUACAAGUGUUUUUCAGAUGAAUCAAAUAACAUUAUAUGCUCAAAAAGAGUUCCAUCACUAAUGGACCUCUUCAAUGGCGAAUGCAAAGAAAUUCACAUUGAUGUAAGAUGCUUUGAUGCUGAUAAAAUUAAAGCUGAUCAUCACAACAUUCAAGAUUGGUUGAUGAACAGAUUCGAAAAUAAAGACAAACUGAUGAAGAAAUUUCAUGAAAAAAACGAAUUGUUUGAUGAGAGAAGUAUGAGAAAAGCUCUAACUGUUGGACAAACAUUACCUGCAUUUUUAUUGUUUUUUGCGUUAGAUAUAAUUUUACUAGGAACUGCAAAAGGACGUAAAUUAUAUACUUUUUCAUUUGUAACAGGUUUUAUCAUCUCUACACUAUCUUGGACAUUAAAAUCGUAA